AUGUUUCAUUCUCAGUUGAAGGUCAUGACAACUUUCAUUCCCCCACCACCUGUUGCGACAUACUUGGCUUUUCAUCCUCAAGACAACAAUAUCAUUUCUAUAGGAAUGGAGGAUUCCACCAUUCAAAUUUACAAUGUUAGAGUUGAUGAGGUCAAAAUGAAGCUGAAAGGUCACCAGAAACAAAUUAUAGGACUUUCUUUUUCACAGAAUUUACGUGCACUCGUUUCAUCUGGAGCUGAUGCUCACCUAUGUAUCUGGAAUACUAAUGGAUAUCAAGCAUAUACAAGCAUAUCAGGAAAUUAUCACAAAGACAUCUACCAACCUCUAAACAUAAUUCAGUGGGCCAACAUUGGUGCCUUCGACCCACGAGUGUAG